UAGAGUGGAAAGAUCUUGUUACCUUUCAAUUUCUCGGUUCCCCUAUUUAUUUGUGUUCCUUCAGUUCCUCUGUAACCCGUGUUUCCACUUGGGCGCCGUCACCAGCUCCCCAAAGAAACCCUAACCCCCAAAUCCCCAAUCUCUCUAUCUGAGACGCCUCCAUCCACCCACAAAAUGGGGAGAAAACGAAAGCUCGACGCCAACAACACCGAGUCCUCCGAGCCCUCCAAGAAACAACAACCGGUCGUUGAAGAAGAGGAACCCAAACCCCAAAACGAACCAGCAGAGGAAGUAGUCGAAGAAGAAGAAGAGGAAGAAGUUGAAGAAGAAGAAGAGGAGGAAGAUGAACAGGAAGAAGACAAAGAAGAUGAAGGAGAGGAAGAGGAAGAGGACGAGGAUGAAGAAGAACCUGGUGUUGAGUAUAAGCAAAACGAGAACGUGACGACGACGUCCACGUCGGCAGCUUCGGAUCUGGCCGGUGACGGUGCCGACGAGGACGAGCCGAUCCAGAAUCUUCUAGAACCCUUCAGCAAGGACCAGCUUAUUGCCCUGCUCCGCGAAGCAGCCGAUACGCAUGGUGACGUAUCUGAUCGGAUCCGUAAGGUUGCAGAUGAGGACCCGAUCCACCGCAAGAUCUUCGUCCACGGGCUCGGAUGGGACACCAACGCCGAAACCCUAACCAGCGUGUUUAAGGAGUACGGUGAGAUUGAGGAUUGCAAGGCUGUGUGCGAUAAGGUCUCUGGUAAGUCCAAGGGUUAUGGCUUCAUUCUUUUCAAGACUCGUUCUGGGGCUCGAAAAGCCCUAAAGCAGCCGCAGAAGAAGAUCGGCAAUCGUAUGACUGCGUGCCAGCUGGCGGCUAUUGGCCCAGGCCCGGCUCCGAGUACCGCUGCCGCUGUGCCUGUGGCGGUCCAGGCGGCCCAGUCACAGACAGUGUCGGAGUACACGCAGAGGAAGAUCUAUGUGAGCAAUGUUGGGGCUGACUUGGAACCCCAGAAGCUGCUGAUGUUCUUUUCUAGGUUUGGAGAAAUUGAGGAAGGGCCACUGGGGCUUGAUAAGAUGACUGGGAGGCCUAAAGGAUUUUGUUUGUUUGUGUAUAAGUCGCCAGAGAGUGCAAAGAGGGCAUUGGAAGAGCCGCACAAGAAUUUUGACGGCCACAUUUUGCAUUGCCAGAAGGCUAUUGACGGUCCAAAGCCGGUCAAGUCUCAGCACCCGAACCAGCACCACCACAAAUCCCAUAAUUCCAAGUUUCAGAGGAAUGAGAAUCCGGGUUAUGUUGGUGGAGCUGCGGCAGGAAUGGGGCAUUUGAUGGCGCCAGCAAGUGGUGGGAUUGGGUUUAACCAGGGUGCUGCGGCCGCCCAGGCAUUGAAUCCGGCACUUGGGCAGGCACUGACUGCAUUGUUUGCGACUCAGGGGGCUGGUUUGGGGCUGACAAACCUUUUGGGAACUUUUGGAACGGCUCCGAAUGUGAACCCGGGUGUUCCUGGAGCUGGACAUGCCAUACAGGGUGGGUAUGCGAAUCAGGCAAGUAUAAGCCCUGGGAUGAUGGGAAGCUAUGGAAAUCAAGGUGCAAUGCAAGGUGGCUACCCGAACCCGCAGAUAGGACAAGGUGGUUCAGGAAGAGGGCAGCAUGGUGUUGGGCAAUCUGGUGGCGCUCCUUACUUGGGGCAUUAGGUGCCCCUGAGGUAAUGUGAUGCAGGUUGUGAGGCCAUAGAAAAUCUAUUGUUAGGUUUUUUAGAGUUUUGAAGUAGGAGCUGUGAUCAGUUUUCAAGUAAAUGCUUCUUAAUAUAAAAGUUGGUCAUCUGGCCAUGGGUAUAGAGCUUGUAGCUGAAUAUAGAAUAAUGGUGUGGUGGAGCUGGUGUUUAUGUUCAGUUACCAACUCUAAUAUCAUAAUCUUAAUACCUUGAGUGAAACAAAGUUCAUUGACUUCAGGAUUGUUGAUAGUUCUCACAAAAUAAUUGAUAGGCUUCGUGGAAUGGAGGUAAGAUAUUGCUGUUUUUUGCUGUAUAUUUUUUGGUUAAAAGAAGCUUGUCUGGCACCAUUGGUUUCAAAAUACAUUUAAAGUGAUUUGGUCCGGUUGGGACAGGAUUCGAACUCGCAAUCUUCAGGUUAUGAUGGGGUUGAUGAGUUGACCAAUCCUAUAUCCCAUGCCUUCCCCCUUCCCCCCUCCCUUUCUCUCAUUAGUUCUACUCAGGUCUACCCCUUACCUCUCCUUCAUUACUCUUGCAUGGUCGGGAUAUCCAGCUGAACUUCCGAAAUCAGCGUCUUUUUGUUAAGUAACACUAGUUUUGCAUUGAUAAAUUUUGGGUCAGCAGAACAAUGGACUCAUGUUCUGCUUGCAUAUAUAGAAGUCAAUUGAACUUCCUUAUCGAAGGUCUUUCUAAAGCUGCUUUGCAAUCUCAUCCUUGGUUGUUGAACCUAACGGAGGUUCAAUCCAUGGAUCCACUGUAAAAGUAGAACUUCGGAUAUGAUACGGGAACUACUUGACAAUAGUUGCCGUUUUCUCAAGAAAGAUUUGUAAUAAUGUAUCUGUGUUCUUGUCCUAGCGAGUGAAGAUCACAUGUGGAUGUUUUGAAUGAGCGGUGCCCAAGUGACCGCAACCCUUGUACAUGCUGGAAUUCACAUCCAGGGAGUCGGUUUUGCUCACAGUAUUGAACAAAUGGUCACCCAAUUACUAUUACUUAAAUGUGCAAACGUUGUUAAGAGUCUUGGCUUGUCUCCAUUGAAUAUUUCUGUUCUGGAUUUUGUCAGAGGGUUGUAUUCUGGGCUAGAAUGUUAGAUGUUGGGAAGAUGUGAAAGCUGGUCUAUUGAAAAUUCUCUACAGUUGUGAUAAGAGCUUCAUGCAUGAUUAGAAUAUCGGGUUGUUCACUGCAAUUUUGAAAUAUUUAUAGUUUCACUUUGGUUGCAUUUGUACCUUUGGAUGUGAAAGUAAAAGAUUGUUAUGAUAUAAUUUUAAGCAUUUAGUCUCAA